AUGUCUCAAGUUUAUUGGAAACCUGGUGAUUCACAUUUUUGGGCUGGACUUAUGGCGAUGAAGAAGGUGGACGUGAAGAUCGAGGUCGGCGGGGAGACGUUCCCGGCGCACCGGUGGAUGCUCGAGGCCCGGUCACCCGUCCUCAAGGCGGAUCUCUUGCUCGCAUCCACAACCGGCGACGGCGCGACCUUACUACGGGUAAACGACAUGGAUGCCCAAGUGUUCAAGGCCAUGCUCCAGUUCAUCUACACGGAUUCGCCUCCGGCGCUUGAGUCGGCCACGGCGGCGGAGAGGAUGCUCGUCGCGGCGGACAGGUACGAGCUGGAAGAGCUCAAACUCCUCUGCGAGGAGGUACUGUCCCGGCACGUCGACAUGGGCUCCGUGGCUGACACUCUAGCGUUGGCCGAGCGGCACCAUUGUUCCUUGCUGAGGACGGCGUGCAUCAAGUUCCUCACUUCUCCUGGUAAUAUCAAAGCAUUCGUCGCAACAGAUGGGUUUGCGCAGCUCAAGAGAGAUUGCCCCUCUGCUGUCUCAGACCUCGUGGUGAACAAGAUGCCGUGA